ACGAAGAAGAGCGCCCUCCAUAUUGUAAAACCAGGAAAAACACACGAGGGUCCUCUAAACCAACAAUUCCAAAGGACGGUUCGCUUCUUAAGUGACAAUUUAAAUUUAAUUCCGGGCGCUGUGUACUUAUUUAGUAAAUCGGGUGAAACGUUAAAUUAAAAAUGAGUGACUUUGCGUCACUCGGACUGUCAGAGUGGCUUAUUAAACAAUGUAAACAGUUGGGAAUCAACAAACCCACCGCUGUACAGGAAAACUGCAUGCCAGCUAUCCUAGAAGGUCGGGAUUGUAUGGGCUGUGCCAAAACCGGAAGUGGGAAGACGGCAGCGUUUGUGCUUCCUGUGCUGCAGAAACUAUCAGAGGACCCUUAUGGCAUAUUUUGUUUGGUCCUUACACCCACCAGGGAGUUGGCCUACCAGAUCGCCGAGCAGUUUAGAGUCCUGGGGAAGCCGAUGGGUCUGCGAGACUGCAUCGUCGUCGGCGGAAUGGACAUGGUGAGUCAGGCCCAAGAGCUUUCCAACCAGCCUCACGUGGUCGUAGCUACGCCGGGCCGACUCGCCGAUCACAUACGGAGCUCCAACACCUUUAGCAUGAAGAAGAUCCAGUUUCUGAUCUUGGACGAGGCGGACCGCCUGUUGGAACAGGGCUGCACUGACUUCACCAAAGACCUGGAAGUCAUCCUCGGGGUGUUACCAGCCAAGCGACAGACUCUGCUGUUCAGCGCCACGCUCACAGACACGCUCCAGGAGCUGAAAAACAUCGCCAUGAACAGACCCUUCUUCUGGGAGAGCACGUCCGAGACGCGUACGGUGGAGGAGUUGGAUCAGCGGUACAUUCUGACCCCAGAGAAGGUUAAAGAUGCUUACCUGGUCCACCUGAUCCAGACCUUCACAGACGAGCACGAUGACUGGUCCGUCAUCAUCUUUACCAACACAUGCAAGAGUUGCCAAAUCCUCACCAUGAUGCUUCGGCAAUUCAACUUUCCCGCCAUCUCCCUUCACUCCAUGAUGAAACAGAGACAACGAUUUGCAAACCUCUCCAAAUUUAAGGCCAGCGUCUAUAAAAUCCUGAUUGCCACAGACGUCGCUGCGAGGGGCUUGGAUAUUCCUACUGUUCAGGUCGUCAUCAAUCAUAACACCCCCGGUCUACCCAAAAUCUACAUACACAGAGUGGGACGGACGGCGAGAGCAGGCAGGAACGGGGUGUCCAUCACACUCGUGACGCAGUACGACAUCCACCUGGUCCACGCCAUCGAAGAGCAGAUUCAAACCAAGUUGAAGGAGUUUCCUGUGGAGGAGAAAGAAGUCCUGAAGAUUCUAACGCAGGUCAAUGUGACCAAACGGGAGUGUGAAAUUAGACUGGAGUCGACAGACUUUGACGAGAAAAAGGAGAUCAAUAAGAGGAAAGAGCUGAUCUUGGAAGGAAAGGAUCCAGACGUGGAAGCAAAGAGGAAAGCGGAGCUGGAGAAGAUCAAGACCCAGAAGAAGAAGUUCAAAGAGCGAAUACGGGAGAAUAUCGACAAACAGAAACAAGGACAACUCAAAAGGAAAGUAAAAAGUAAACACGUGAAGACGAAGAAAGGAGGCAACAAUGUGACGGCGUAGUAUGUUUUCAUGUUUUAUUAGUCUGCAAUAUCCAAUAUGCAUUUCGUUUUUUUUUUUUUUUCGUUUUUUUGUGACAAAUCUCCAAAUCAACAUAGAUUUUUCUACCAUAAUAAACUUUGAAUUGGAAUACUUAAGACUCCAUAUUUACAUCCCAUUGAAAUAAUCCAAUCACUAACUUAAGCGUUGCAUUUUAUUUUUUUUUUACAUGUUAGCAAGUCAACGGAAAAAGGUAGCAAAAAAAAAAAAGUUCACCGCACGGAACACAAAACAUGUCGGUUCUGAUGAUCGGGGGCGAAGGAACUCCAGGGGGGGUGGUCUUAAAGCUAGUAGUACGUGUUUAAAAAGGUGAAACGUGUGUCACAUCUAAAUCACAAAAACGAGAAUCACAAGAAUUAAUCGGAAGCGCAAACGUUCCUGCUGCCAACAUGUUGCUAGAUACAAAAAUUUUUUUUUUCACUUUUAAGUCACGUGCGCUGAUUUAGGACCCAAAUAAGCUCAGAGAAAGUCGACAAGAAAUGCACAACACAGGAAAAAAAUAUUUUGCACUAAUGCAAAAAAAAAAUAAAAAUAAAAAAAAUUCCGUUCAUGUCACUUUUCACUCCGCAGAGAAGGAAGGUGGCUUCCAACUUCCAUCUCAACUAAAUUUGGCCUCAUUGGUUCAGUAGAAAAAUAAAAAGCUGAGCCCCAUUUUGUGUCAAAAGGGCUUAUAAAUGCUGGUUGGUUUUUUUUUUUGUUGUUUUUUUUUUUAGAACUACAUUCAUUCUUGUGCUGCAGCCAUUUUUUUUCAUAUAUA